AUGAAUCCUGAUGGUUUUAACUUAAUCCGUGAUGUAAGAGAGUCUCUUGAUAGUAAUAAUGAAAAAGAAAUCGAAACUAAAACAUACAAACUACUAGAAUACUAUCUUUCUCAUUUAAAAGCGAUAAAUAAAAAAAAUAAAACUUCAACGCUUGUACUAUCAUCUCUAUGCCUCUCAGCAAUCAAAUCUUUCUCGAAAACGAAAUUUUAUAAGCCAAUUAAAGAAAGAAAUAGCGCAAUUGAUUCGAUGAUUUUCGAUGUUUGCAAAGAUUUAUUGAAUAACAUUAUUGACGAUCCAGAGCCAGAUAAUUUCUUAAAAAUUGCAUCAAUUAGCAUUUAUGUUACGAACGAAAACAAUUUAUCAAAAUAUGGUUCUUUAUUUCGCAAUUUUAUAUCGAGUGUUUUACAACAAAAGCAACCAUAUAAUGUUCCAAUGCCUGAUGACCUAAGAAACUUCUUUAAAGUCAAGUUAUUUAAAUUUUUAAACAAAUUAACAACGAAAAGUCCAGAGUUGAUCAAAAAUUGGUGCGUAAUUAUUAUAAAUUACAUACUUCCACUACUAGUUGACUCCGAUAUCAUUGUUGAUACGAAUUCUUACGAAAAUUAUUGUUUUCAUUACAAAUUACCACAGGAUUUAAUUGGUUUCUUUUGUACAUUCUUUACUGAUCCAACCAUUAAAAAGUCUUUUCAGCUGAUUCUUGAAAAUAUAUACGAGCAACCAAAUUAUUUGAUUUUCUUUUACAAUACGAUCAUAAUUAUGACAGAUUUCUAUUACGAUAACCCUACAAAAUACGAAACAAGUGAUGGGAUCCAGUUUCUUAACGAUUUCUUUGACGAAGCAAUGGAAAAAAGCAAAAUUACGUACGAAGACGUCUUUAGUUCUAUUUCUAUGCAUUCGCUCAUCAAGUUUGUGUCAUGUAGUAUCAAAUUAAUGUCCAAUCUCACAUUAAAAGCUUAUAAAACCAAAAAUUCCGACGAUACAAUUCCUAAUUCUUUGAAUUUAUGCAGAAAACGAUGGCAAACAUUGAUCAAAAUUGCAUUGACAGAGGAAAUGUUGACUACUCUCCUAUCAAAUGUCGAUGAAAAACUACUUUAUACUUAUAUUAUCACUUUUCUUCUUUUAAUCUUCGAUUUCAAGGUUACGGAGUAUCCGGUCUGGAAGCUUUUCAAGCUUACGACCUUCCAAUUCUUUGAAAUCCCUUACAUAAGAAAAUUUUGUUCAAUAUUAGGAAUUGCAUUCGCUCCGCAGUUCCUAGGCUUAGACCAAGAGGCCGUAGAACAACUUUCUGUCCGUACGAAACAGAAAAACUCAAGAUCUUCCUCAAAUGAAACGAAGAAUUCUUCAACCGACCCAUUUGAGAUCCUAGACCUUGUUUAUUCCGAUGCCACAUACAUACAAGAGCAGAUCCACCCCGACCACCAGUCAGAUUUGGAUAAUGCGCCGUUCAAAUCCAAAAAACAGUACUAUAUCCCGCCAAUUCACGCAAAAGGAUGGGAAGUACAGAAAGCUGUUGCAUUUCUUAACAACCUUUUGUUAUUUGAUUGGAAGUUUUCGGAUAAAUUUUUCAAUUCUUUCAUCAAAUACCUUUCUUACCUUGCAACAACUGUUCCUUUGUCAUUGCAGUCGACUCCUUACCUCAUUGCGCAGACGUUCUUCAGCAAUUCGCUCUCAAAAUUGGCAAAAGACAGAGAUUAUUCAGUAGAUACGAUAGAAGCGAUUGCUUUAACGACCAAACAGAUCAGUAGUAUAAACAGUUUCACGGUAGACUCCGAAACGAUCACUCAAUGGAUUGUUUUGAUAAUUAAAUAUUUAUCUGAGAAAAAUCACAGCAUUAUCAGCUUUACGAUGCCAAUUGCUAUUGAUGCUUUCACGAGGUUCGCUCCUCAAAGCUAUAUCCUUGCAAUUUUCAUCAUUUUCCAUAUGAAUUCUCUUCAUAUCGCAAUCGACCAUCCAAUUAAGCUGAAUUUCAUUCUUAAUGCUUCUUCCGUAUUCAAAUCGCAAAUGGAGAUCAAAUUCCCUGAUGUUAUCGAAAAAAAUAAGGCAGAUUUUGAAAUGAAAAUUUCUGACAAAGAUAUCUUCAACAAUGUAUGGAAGAACACUCGAUCCGAUGUUAGUGGCCUUGUUAACGCAGUCCUGUUAUCCAUUUUCGGCGAUAUUCUUGGAAAACCACCACCAAAAGCAGUAGAUGGCGAAAAAGAGAUUCCUUUUGAUCUCUACUUCAACGCUUUCUUUGCUGUUCUCCUAGAACAAACAAUAUCCGGUGAAGGACUCCACAGAAACAUGAUUCCCACCUUAAAUGGCUUAGGUCCAUCUAAUGUUCUCAAAAAAGUGACACGAGGAAAUAUCAAAGAAAUUUUUUAUUUAGUUAAUUUCAUACCAUUAUUUGAAAAGAUGAUUACUGAGUUUCCUGUUCGUUUAAUGCGUCUUAUUAUGAACAUUUCAAUGAACACUGACUCAAUUUACGAAAUAAUUUGCAUGGUGAUGUUGGCAACCAAGAUUUCCACAAGGUCAAGGGAUCCAACAAUCCACAAGAAGUUCAUUAAGUACCUUUCCAAGCUAAUUGACCGAUUUUCUGAAGACAAAAAUGAAAUGAUCAUUUCCAGUUCAUUUUAUGCGUCAAAAUAUCAGAAAAUCCAGCCUCCUCCACCUCCAACAACUGAGUAUGAAACAUUUGCAGUUAUCCAGGGUGAAUCUGCAUAUGGAUUUUCGAAUGUUUCCGAUGAAAAAAUUGAUGUUUGUUUUAGAAAUCGAUUUGUUUUUUCACAAAACACAUAUCGAUCUGUAUCAAGACAAAACACUGUAGAUAACUGUGAUCUACCUGUUGUUUGUGACUCAGAAAAUGAAGAGAAACCAGAAAAAGUAGAAAUUUCCAAAUUUAUGACGAAAUUUUUUGGAAACAAAUCAUUUUCUCCAUCAGAUUUCUCAAUUUCUGAACCAGAAAAACAUGAAAUUAAUGUUUUAACACCACAAGCAAAGAGAUCCAAUAACAAAACAGAUGAAUUUGAUAUAAUUGAUAUUAAUGAAUUCUUUCAAUCUACGGAACACAUCAAAUCACAAACCUGUUUUUCAUUCAUCAAAUACUUUUUGGAAACAGACAGAAUCCACUUCAAAAUGGCAGAUAAAGUCAUCACGAGAUAUGCAUCUCCAUUAUUUAAUUUGCCUCCACGAGAAAACUUGAAAAUUGGCAUCAUUUAUGUCUCUGACAAACAGAUGUCUCAAGAAGAGAUUUUAUCAAAUACAUCUGAUAAUUGUAGUCUUGCUUUCAACAGUUUUCUCAAGAGUUUAGGAACAGUUGUAAAUGUUAAUAAACACAAGUAUUACAAUGGAAAAUUAGAAGGCCAAAACCAUGAAAAAUUCCCUUAUUCUAUCUAUUAUGAUGAUGAUUUAUACGAAGUAAUGUUUCAUGUUUCUACUUUGCUUCCUAAUGAUGAAAACGAUCCACAGAGAAUACUUAAGAAGAAACACAUUGGUAAUGAUAAUAUUCACAUCAUUUGGGAUGAAAAUGUCGUUGGAUAUGAUCAUUACGUAAUAACAUCUCAGUUUAAUUACGCACAUAUAAUUAUACAUAAAUAUAUUGGAGAUCUUUAUAGAGUUAUUAUUAGACGUAAAUCAGGACUUCCGAGUGUUGGUCCUUUACCAGAAGAAUCAAUUGUUCCUGCUUCUUCUUUGUCUGCUUUGGUGUUGCAGUCUGCAAUUAUAAUUGAUAGAUUCGCAAGAGGUGACAUAGAGAAACCUCCAAGCGAACAAUUUGAUCUACUUCUUGAACCUCUCACACAGAAAGUUUGUUAA